UUUAUUCUUUACAUUCACUGAUGGUUUCAUAAUGUAUAGACUUUUUAUAGAAUGAAUCUGAUACUUACAUUCUGUAACAGAUAGACAGAAUUUCUUAAUUAUGUUAUGCAUUCAAUGCAUUUAUGACAGGUCAAAAAGAGUACAGAUGCACAUUGCACUGAAUACAAAGUAAAAAGAUAGUAUACAAUUGUUAAUGAUCAUUUGAAAUAAAACCUAACUGCUAAUUAUAAUAAAAUAUUAUUGAUACAGAAUAUAACAUAGCAACAUAUAUAUAAAAAGUGAAUAAAUAAUUCAGUGUAAGUACUAUUCAUAUAAUCCUUUGUUGAUAUUGUCUAUUCUCUAGACUAGCUUCUUGACUAUCAAUAAUUUUUUUAGAUUUUCAAAUGUUUUGACAAGUAUGUAUGCUGUCAGUGUUUUUGAAGUUUAAUUUUGGGAAAUGCUAUUUUGCUGCAGAAUUUUGUUGAUUUUUGUUCUAUCAUAUUCUGAUGUAUUUGCACAAGAAAACAAUUUAAUAUUUAGGUACAGAAAUAGAAAUGAAAGAUACUGUAAAAAACCCGAUGACAUGGAUCCCUUUUAUAGAAAAAAUAUCUGGGAAAAUCCUUGGUAAGUAAGAGGUAGGAAUGGUAAAACAAAUCACAGAACUUAAUUGGUGAAGCUGGAACCACUUUAGUGUAGAAUGGAUCAGGGGAUGAUUGCAGUAGUUAUGUAUGAAUUAUAUUAAUUAUCAAUUAUCAUGCGAGAAAAGUAUAAUCAAGGGUCUUAUUGGAAUGUUCUGUUCGAGAAAAAUGGCAGAGGUUGGUUUAGGAAUGUUAGUAGAUUUACCCAAACCACUAGAUCACUACCAAGAGAAAGAAUUUAGACAUCUUCCUGUUCAAUAUGACAUUGGAGGUUGGCCCAUUGAUCCUUAUACUUACAAGAGAACAGUGAGAGUUUUACCAAAUAAAACUGUUUUUUGUCUCAAUCUAAUAUUUUUCCUGGCCUACCCUCUUGCGUUGGUAUUACAACUAUGUAGUCUUUGUUGCUGUAUAAGAAAUUACAAAGAACAGAAUGAAACAGGUUGUUUCAAGUCUGUGAAUGUAAUUAAGUUCAAUGAGAGCCUAAAGAAAAAGGGUGCCUACGAGUUUGCUGGCCAGAAACUUGAUAUGUAUAAGGAUGACGACAGAAAAGAAGAAGAAGAUACAAAUUAUGUGAUAAAUAUGAUGAAGCAAAGUCAACUAUCACUUCAGAAGGGUAUAUAAGUAAUAAAAAUGAAAUAUUCAAACGAA